GCGGGAUAAUUGAUAUAUGGCCCGAGCUCCAAACCCCACCACCGCCUCCCUCAAAAACGCGACUUGAAUUUUUCGUUCUUCGGCGAUUUCUUCAUUAAACGAACGCGUCCACGACCUUCAACAAGAAGGAACGCUUUCAUCCCCCUCCUACGAGCGAGCGAGCAAGCAAGCAAGAACAAAAAGGGGGGCUCCGUCAUUGACGCGCAAAGUUACGCAUCCCGCAACCAGGAUUUCACUGGCUUUCAGCUGCUUCACCUGCUUCAGCCGCCACCAUGGAUGCCAACGGCGCGACCGAGAGCAAGUACGUGACUCUGGUCUCGAGUGACGGCUACGAGUUCGUCGUCUUGCGCGAGGCCGCCAUGAUCAGCCCGGCCAUCAAGGGCAUGCUCGACACCAGGAACAACUUCCGCGAGGCUGCCUUGGGCCGCUGCGUCUUUGAGGAGAUCAGUGGCGUCGUGCUCGAAAAAGUAUGCGAGUAUUUCCAAUACUGGUACCGCUACCGCGAGCGAGAGGAUGUCCCCGACAUGGACAUUCCGGUCGAGCUGUGCCUGGAACUACUGGUCGCAGCCGACUACCUGGGCCUGGACAAGCAAAACACCGGCACCGUCUGAUGACCAUGAGCACAUGAACCCUUUUCGGGCUCUAUCCUUUUUUAUGAUGGGGAGUUCAGGCGUUUUGAGCAUCAGGGUUGGCCAACGGGACACAGAUGCCUUUUGCUAUUAUGACACCAUGACGAAAUGCCAUUGCACAGCAGGCAUGAUUCUUGCUCAGUUUUCCGCUUUACAUUUUUUUUUUUUUUUUGCGUCCCCUUUGACGGCGACCCACGUUGCCACCCCACACGUGAAGAAAAAAAAACCAGC